AUGUCCACGUACGUUGCUCCAAUUAAAAUUACUAAUGGUGAAUUAUCUGAAGAAUUUAUCGAUAAAUUUGAUACUUUCUUAUUCGAUUGUGAUGGUGUUUUAUGGUUAGGUACUCAUCUAUUACCUUCAAUUACAGAAACAUUAUCAUUAUUAGAAUCUAAGGGUAAACAAUUGAUCUUUGUCACAAACAAUUCGACUAAAUCCCGUAAAGCUUAUACUCACAAAUUUGCUGAUUUUGGUAUAACAGUUAAAGAAGAACAAAUAUUCACUUCUGGUUAUGCAUCUGCAAUUUAUGUCCGUGAUUUUUUGAAAUUACAACCUGGUAAGGAUAAAGUUUGGAUCUUUGGUCAAAGUGGUAUAAGAGAAGAAUUAGGAUUAAUGGGUUAUGAAACUUUAGGUUGUGAUGAUCCAAGAUUAAAUGAAAAGUUCGAUGCUAAGACUUCUCCGUUCUUAAAAGAUGGUCUAGAUAAUGAUGUUAAAUGUGUUGUUGCUGGUUUAGAUAACGAUAUCAAUUACCAUAGACUAGCUAUUACUUUACAAUAUUUGCAACAAGACGGUGUUGCAUUUGUCGGUACUAACGUCGACUCCACAUUCCCACAAAAGGGUUUAAUUUUACCAGGUGCUGGUUCCAUGAUUGAAUCUGCUGCUUUUGCUGCCAACAAAAGACCUGCAUACUGUGGUAAGCCGAACAUGAACAUGUUGAACACCAUUAUCAGUGCGUUUAACCUGAACAAGCAAAAAUGUUGUAUGGUUGGUGACAGAUUGAACACAGAUAUUAGAUUUGGUGUUGAAGGUGGACUAGGUGGAACUUUAUUGGUUUUAACCGGUAUUGAAACUGAAGAGAGAGCUGUUACAAAGACCGAUGAAUAUCCAAAUCCAAAAUAUUACAUUAAUAAGUUAGGGGAUUUGUACGAAUUUACACAUUAA